AUGGCUGCAUUCUCUCCUCGCUUCACUAUCUUGCUCCCAACGCCUUCUCCCUCCCCCUCUUCUCCUCUUUCGGCAUCUGCCACCCUUCAACAGCUCGCCGACUGGGAUUGCGGACUCGCCUGUGUCUCGAUGGUGCUCACGGCCUUGAACAUUCCCAGGUCGUCACCGGCAGAGCUUCACGGCAUAUGCCCGCUGCAAAACAUCUGGACGGUUGACCUGGCAUAUAUCCUCCGUCGAUUCGGCGUUGAAGACUUUACCUACUACACAUCAUACAUCGGCGUCAACUGGCAGUAUCUUUCCAAAUCUUUCUACCGCGACAGCAUCACCGAGGACCAAUCCCGAGUCCAUGCCCUCUUUGCCGGCGCCGCCGAUCGCAACGUUCGCAUUGUGCCCAUGAUCCUGGACAUGAACGACAUUCGGCGCUUCCUGAUCAGCGGCAAGUACGCCGUCAUCAUUCUUGUGAAUCUCUCGGUUCUCAACUGCGGGACCUGCACCAAGAAGGGAUACGAGAAGAUCUCUGGUGACGAUUUUGUCGGGCACUACAUACUGCUGGCGGGAUAUGAACCGGAUUCGGACACGAUCCUCUACCGCGACCCUGGAACGAACGAAGUGCUGUGUGCGGUUGAUGCCGAUGACUUGGAUGUGGCCCGCUCGUCUCUUGGAACCGACCACGAUGCCAUCGUGGUCCGGGUUGCCUGA